AAGCUUCAAGCAGGUGAUCAGCUACCCUGCAGACUAGUCAGGCAUUCGAUCUCCAGCAUAACUAAGUUCAUUCACACACGUUCAUUUCACAAGCCUUCUCCUCAUUCAAGGUUCCAACUCCGUCUACGACCACCACUCUAUUGUGCGCAGCAUGCCUGAGCCAUCUUUGGACUUUGUGACCUGGGACCCCGAGUCAACUGGCCACAUCAACCGAUUGACGACUCAGCGAGAGCACUGCGGCUGGCAUUCUUCCAAGGUGGGGUCCGAAUGGCGGGAUGCGCAACUGAGAGGUGUGAUUUGUAUAUAUUGGCUUGCUUUGUCCGAGGAUGAACCUUGGAGGGAGGAGUACAACAGUCGCCAUCGAGAGGCAUAUCCUGAUGAGUGUGAUACACUGGCCGAUACAAGCAGAUCGAUCUUCGGGAAGCCAACUCAACCGAGCCAGACACCAUUCUUUCCAAUUGGACACAUUGCGCUCUACAAAGACGACCCAUCAAUACCCCCUGACGUCUUGGACCUGCCCUCUGACCACUUCCUUUGGAUCAAAACCCUUUACAUAUCGCACGCACUGCAGGGUCUCGGAAUAGGAGGCUCAGCUAUGAAGCACGCAGAACUCGUGUCCGCUAGCGAACCCCUGAAUGUGCGCUACUUGCUUCUCGACACGCUGUGCGAAGAGGAUCAGUUGCACGAGGAAUUAGCGGUGGCGUAUUUCGGACAAGUCCCAAAGUUCUCCAAUGAGAGCUGGUACACGAAAAAGGGGUACCGUUCUAUUGGCCUCCUGGCGAAUAUUUACAACGUACCGGAUAUAAAUGGGAAAAUGUGGCCAUUGCGGACGACAGUCAUGAGAAAGGACCUCUGUCCGCGAGAUUGACAUGAUCGUCGACGCACCGAGACUGCUAUCAGAUCCCCAUCAAUGACCAAGGCGAGACAUUUUCUUUCCGCAGACGGCAUCUUCAAC